UGCAGGCAAUGAAUCUUAAUUCAAAAACUGGACUGGGAUUCCUAGUGUUGGCGUACCUCAGUACUCUUAUAGCCGCAACCAAUCCAUGUUCCUAUGGAUAUUCAGUAUGUACCAUAGAAAACUCGACACUUUCGGAAUUAUGUUGUAUCGAAAACUGCUGUAACGUUGAGUCGUCUUGUCGUGGCCGUAAAGAUAUACGCUGUGUUUGCCACACUCAGCCUCUUUGGGAGAUUAGCGCGCUACACCCAUUGUAUGUGGAAUACACGACAGUUCGAGGCUCUUCUGAACUAAAUGGACGAUACGAUAUCAAAUCAAAGCUAGAACAUAAAGCUGGAUACCUGGAAGCUCUUCCAGAUAACAUAUGUCAGUACCAACUUUUGGUUAAUGUUGACUUAAGUGGUAACAAUAUAAAGGAAAUAGGAAAUAUAUCGUGUCUUACUAAAUUAGACACAUUAGAUUUGAGUGAGAACCAACUGUCUUAUAUCUACAAUAAUACAUUCCGAGGACUGGUGUCACUGCGCAAUUUAAACUUGGCAAAUAACAAGAUAAGCUACAUAGAACCCUAUUCCUGGUCUCAUCAAACGUCUACUAUACUAAAUAUUCAGCUGGAGGGCAAUGAUCUGUCAGAAGUUGACGUAACAAAUGUCAUCAUCAAUCGACCAUUUUGUAAUCUUGAUUACGGAACAUAACAACAUUGAAAAUAUCGUUAACGAAGCUGGAUGGACUUUGACAGCGGACGAUGAAAUCGUACAAGGUGGUUUCGUCGAUUUGACUAAAAACUGCAUGUCUGGCAUCAUCGACUUUCUAAAUCUUGGUGUUACUGACCUUAAAGUCUUCGGAAAGACAUAUUCUUAUGGCAUAGACAUUCGUGAUGUCCCCUUCCAAUGUGAUUGUAGAAUGGAGCCAUUCUUCCAGUUGGCAGAAUCUGCCCUUCAGGUGGUAUGGAGAAGUUAUUUUGAUAUGUACUGCUUCUCCCCAGAGCAACUACGCAAUCGGUCUAUACCAGAACUGAUCCGGAAUAAGCAGUACGAUCUGUUUAUAUGUGAUAUACCACAAACUGAAGGUUGUCCUUACAAUUGCAAUUGCUAUAAGCAGCCAAGCAGAGAUCGUGUGGUCGUAAAUUGCUCAGGGCAUGGACUUGAUAUAAUGCCGCAACACGUUCCCAGAAAUGAUCUUCCCCUUGAGAUAUAUCUAGACAAUAACAUUAUAUCCAGCUUAGAGUGGCGCGAAUACCUUAACCGAACCCGGAAGUUAUCCUUAUCCAACAACUCUAUAACUACGAUGGAGGGUAGCGCUGUUAAUCAACUACAGAAUGCAACAGAAGUAGACUUACGGGGGGAAAAGGGAAUCAAGAACCUACCUGAAGAUAUACGUUACUUAAAACCAAGUAUUUUCAUGUUUGGAGAAUUGACAAUUUAUUGCAACUGUGACAAUACAUGGUUUGGAAAUUGGAUAAAAAUGCAUCUGAACGAAAAAGGAGAGAGCAACAACUUUUGGUGUCACACUGUAAACAGUGCUAAGGAAGCUGCUGAGGUCGUAACAGAAGAGUUCCUUGAUUGUAGGAAACCGUCGAUACUGCCAAAAUGGAUUACGAUUUCUCUCGCAGUACUGACAUCCCUUAUCUUGGGCAUUUCUUUAAUCGCUAAGAUAUUUCAGUACGAAAUUUACCUGUUGUUCCGUACACUCAGAAGCAAAUAUAAGACAUACCCAGAUAGGUAUUAUGAUGUGUAUGUAUCAUAUGAUGAAACAACUGACGAGAUAAAUAAGUGGAUCAUGAAUGGAUUACUUCCAGCACUGGAAAAUGACGGUUACCGAGUUUGUAUUCCAGCUAGAGAUUUUAGUGUAGGUAUCACGUAUGAAAAUGAAAUCGCCGAUUUUAUGGGACGGAGCAAAUUUGUUUUAACGCUCUUUUCAAAAAAUGUGAGAAGCGUGUCUUGGCAUUUGGAAUGGAAGCAUGCAUGGUAUUUGUAUACUUCUUAUCAAAUCAAGAACAUUAUCCUGAUAAAUUUAGACAUUUUAGACUAUGAUUCCGUGACCCAUCCCGUCUUAAGAGCGUUCGUCCGGCUUGGAAUGUACCUUGACUUUGCCAACAUGAAGCAGUCGUUAAUUGCCGAUAUCAAGAAAAUAAUUGGUUGUUCAAGUAGAUCAAAUCGCCGUUUAAAGAACGAAUAUACUAACUGCAAAACACGAUUUAAUCGUCACGAUAUGCUGCAGAAGCAAUGCAAUUGAUAGCCUCCUCAAUGUCAAUACCUUCGUUUGUUUCCAUUUUCUUUUGUCAUCUGACUCGAACCCUGAACCAAACGGUCAGACAUAUAACCGUUGUGUUUCUGGGUUUUUAUUGAUAAACUUUUGAUUUUUUUCCCAAUUUUUGCCGUGAAAUUCGGUUAAAGUUGUUCAUACCAAUUUCACUUCAGCGAUAGAUCAAGGAGGGAAUUAAUCAUCAUUUCAAAAGUUUAAAAUGGGGCUGUCGUCAUGGCGACCCAAUAUCUCCUAUUUUUUUUUUUUUUUUUUGCUAUGUGUAGAAAUAUUAGGCAU